GAUUUGGACUAACUCGGGGUUCGUAGCGGCUGUCUGUCAGCCGUUAACGUUACUGCUAGCCUGUCAGUGCUAGCUGUAGCCGAGACAGUCUCCUGAAUACAAAGAAGGAGUUGAGAAGCGGUUCUCCCAUCGCGCCCCCUUCUGCAGAAGAUGUGAAUCAUUACCCCGACGGCCGCUGCUUCAGACGCUGCGUACUCGUGAAGAUGUCAGGUGGGAACCUCUUGAGCAAAGUGCGCUCGGCCUUCAGGAGGGAGCGAAGCGACUGGGACCUGAGCGACGCGGCUCCCUUCGACUUCUCCGACGAGCUGGUGGAGGAUGAGACCCCCAAAUUCAACAAGCUGAAGGUGGUGGUCUCCGGGGAGAUGUCGGACUAUGCGGCCGGAGCUCCGUCCAACGGAGUGACGGUGAGCACCGUGGUGGCGGACGAUGACGACUCCCUGCUGGACUCGUCCUCCAGCUCGGGCUGCCCGGGCUUGAACAUGGACCCUUGUGACAACUGCACCAAGAAGAGGGAGAGGAUCAAGCACAGGAGGGUGAUGAAGAGGCUGAUCAUCGCUGCUGUGCUCUAUUUUUUGUUUAUGACUGGUGAAAUUAUAGGUGGAUAUGUGUCGAACAGUUUAGCCAUAAUGACUGAUGCAGUGCAUAUGCUAGCAGACGUGGUGGGGAUCUUAUUCUCUCUCCUGGCCCUCUGGCUCUCCACUAAACCCCCCACCAAAAGAUUCACAUUCGGUCUGCACCGACUAGAGGUGGUGUCAGCCGUCCUCAGUGUGGUGCUUAUCUACAUCCUGACUGGUGUUUUGGUUUACGAGGCCGUUCAGAGGACGGUUCACCAAGACUUCAACAUCGAUGGAGAUAUCAUGCUCAUCACCGCUGCAGUGGGAGUCGCUGUUAAUCUCAUAAUGGGCUUUUUGUUAAACCAAGGUGGCCACCUGCACUCACACAGUCAUGGUCACGGCCACUCACACAGUCCAGCAGUAGCCACAGGUUCACACCCAGCCGGGUCUGGUCAGCCUCAUGGGAGCCUCGCUGUCAGAGCGGCCUUCAUCCACGCUUUGGGAGACCUCCUGCAGAGCGUCGGGGUUCUUAUAGCUGCUUAUGUAGUCCGGUUCAAGCCAGAGUUUAAGUUGGCAGACCCCAUCUGUACCUACAUCUUCUCAGUCCUGGUUCUUUUCACCACAGUCCGCAUCAUUCGAGACACAAUAGUCAUUGUGCUGGAAGGUGUGCCCAGACACCUUGACACUCAGCGAAUCAGAGAAGACCUCCUGAAGCUGGAGGAUGUCCAAUCCAUCGAUGAGCUGAAUGUGUGGGCCCUGACGGCUGACAAGACGGCUGCGAUAGUCCAUCUACAGCUCACACCCUCUAGCGGUCACAAUUGGGAGGACGUUCAGGCGAAGGCCCGUCACCUCCUGCUUCACACCUACGGUCUCAGCAGGUGCACAGUGCAGGUCCAGACACACAGAGAGAGGAUGGUACGCAGCUGCGCCAACUGCAUGCAGCCCAGCGCCUGAGGAGAGAUCCAUGCUCACACUGACGUCAGCAGUUCGUCCCGUGGAGGCUGGCGGGAAGCACAAUGCACAAGAGAACCUGCAGGCCGGUUUUUGUAGAGUCAAGAACCACAAUAAACUGAAUAGAUUGUAUCAUAUGGCAGAAGAACAUAUUUAACCGAGGAGUGACCACAGCCUGCACAGACAGUAUGCCCUCAUUAUGCUUGCAAAACUCUUCUGUAAGACAAGUUCUUAUACUGAUUAAAAUGGGAAAAUAAUUUUGUCCUUAAUUCACCAUUAAUGCCUAUUAAACUUUUUUAUUUCUUUCCAUUAAUUUCAGACAAUUUUCAGUGUUGAAUUGUACAUUUUACUUUGUCAUCAGGUGUUGCUGAAUAACAUGUUUGUUCCUUAUUUACAUGGGAAAAUGAAACGAUGCCUCUCGGGAUUUAUUAUGUUGUGGUUGUCACUGUUUGAGAGCUGAUGUUAAGAAUGCUUGAAGUGAAUACUCAUGAGCACAGGGAGGCAUUGCACUUCAUCAAACACCAUUUCUGUUCCUCAACCAAAGCCUGCCACCAUGUAAGCUCUUGUGU